UUGUCUGUAGUACUGCUUUUGAGUUUUGAUACAAACCAUGAUGUUCUUGUUCUUGUUCUUGUAUUUAAGGCUUUCAUGCAAUUCAAUUCAAUUCAUUAAUCUCAAGUAUGGGAACUCUAGUGGGACAUCUGGUACCAGGUUUGGCCCUUGCCUUUCUUGGGUUAAUGCACACAAUCAACACCAUUAGAGCUUACUAUCAAAAUGGCCCUGCUAAGUUCAGAUCAAGGUUUUGGUACCCACUCAACAACAAUCUUCAUCCUCUCUGCAAAUCCCACAAUCUGGAACUCAUUCUUGUGUUGUCUUUCUCAGUUUUUGCCAUGGUUACACAGCUCAUAAGCUUCCCUCCUCUCCACUUUUCUUUAGAGCUUCUGAAUCUAGAGCACGCAACCAUGUUCCUUCACCUCGCCAUAUUUGCUGGGUUCACUCUUUUCGCUGAGUUGAACCACUCCACUGAUCUCCUAACUGGGAUCUCUGGCAUACUUGCCUCUUCCGUUUUCAGUCAAGAGCUUUUCUUGCUUCAUUAUCACUCUGCCGAUCACGUUGGGCUAGAAGGCCAUUACCACUGGCUGUUGCAGAUCAUCGUGUGCAUUUCUCUCGUGGCAGCCCUGUUUGCCACAACCUUUCCAGCCGUUUUCCCAGCGGCGCUUGUGCUUUCCGUCUCGGUUGUGUUCCAAGGUUGUUGGUUCGUGAACAUGGGGUUCAUGCUGUGGGUUCCUCGGUUCGUGCCGCGGGGAUGUAUGGGCGCCGCAGGGCAUCACAGUAGCGCCGUGGUAUGUGGCAGCCAUGAAGCGGGCGUGAGGGCUGUGGCGCUGGCGAAUUUGCAGUUCAGUUGGGUUCUUGCUCUUAUUUUGGCACUUGUUGCCACUCUUUGCCUUGUUUUUGCCAGAAACCAAGCAGCCAGGGGGGGUUUCCCUUUCCCCAACUAUGAACAACUUCACAGUAGAGUGGUGGAUGACCCAGACGCCAUUAAUGGCUUGAAACAAGUUCAGGUAUAGGUUAGAUGACAACUUUGGAAUUUG